AUGGCGAAACCUGCAAUCUCAAGCGUCAAAGAGUCGCCGCCCGGAAAUUCCGCGCACCCUACGCGCUUCGGGUUCCCGAAGGAGGGUCAGUAUUCAAUAUCGUACUGGCUCCAAGGCGUGCAGAAUAAUCCUCUGCUCACUCACCGUACGACACCGGAGCUUCCGUCCUCGGCGGAUAUCGUGAUUAUCGGGUCUGGUAUGACCGGGACACUGGCAGCAAAGCACUGCAAGGAAGCAUGGCCUGAAAAGAGCGUAGUGAUGCUUGAAGCACGCGAGUUCUGCUCAGGUGCCACUGGUCGGAAUGCCGGACACUGUAAGCCAGACCAAUGGCGCGGGUUCAGCGAGUACGAGAAGAAAUUUGGGGCUGAGCAGGCCCUUAAGAUUCUUGACAACGAGCAGCAGACUUGGUUGGCCUUGGUUGAGUACGUACGGCAGAACAACGUCGACUGUGAUCUCUGGGUUGGCGAUACACUGGACGUGCCGACGACUCCAGAGGUCGCAGAUCUUGCAAAGAAGAAUUUCGAACGCUUCAGGGCAGCCGGAGGAAAGGUUGACCAUAUAAAGGUCACGCACGAUCCAGAGGAAGCGUCGAAGAUAUCUCACAUCAAAGACGCUCAGGCAUGUUAUGCCUGGUCUGCAUCAACCCUCUACCCAUGGAAGCUUACCGCCCAUAUCAUGCGCGAAAACCUGAAAAAAGGUAUCAAUCUCCAGACACGCACAACAGUCACACAAGUCACUGGAUCUUCAAUAUCGCCCGGUAAAUGGAUCGUGAAGAGCGACCGCGGCGACAUUGAGUGCACCCAGGUCAUCCACGCAACAAACGCGUACAGCUCAGCGCUCGAACCAUCUUUACGUGGCCUCAUCUAUCCCUCGCCUCAUAUGUGCAACCGAAUUGUGCCACCCGUAGCAUUUGAAGGAUCCGAGGGCCUCACCAACUCCUACGGUGUCCUCCUCCCAGACGGAUGCAUGUUUAGCAUCAAUCCGCGGUGCACGACAGAGCGCUCAAUCCUCUUCGGGGGCAGUAAUCCCGGCCAGCCUGAGUUUGAGAAAUGGCUCGAAGCGCACCCGGAGAGGGGGAUAGACGAUAGCAUGCUGGGAUUCAAGGCCAUAACCGAGGCGGUGCAGACAUUUGCGGAGUCUCAGAUCAUUGGAUGGAAGGCAGAGUUCAACAACGAUGGCUGGAGUGGUAUCAUUGGGCGGAGUGUCGACGGGGUGCCUUGGGUUGGAGAGUUGCCUGGGCUGCCGGGGCAAUGGCUUUGCGCUGGCCACAAUGGACAUGGAAUGGCACGCAUCUUUACAGCAGCACCUGGGUUAGUCAAGCUCAUGGGAGGGAGUUCAUGGGCAGAAACACAGCUGCCAGACGUGUACCAGAUCACUCCAUCACGGGUGCAGCAACUGAAGAAGAUUAUUGAGGAUGGGGAGAUUCAAUCUCGUCUUUAG